AUGGGUGGAUUUGUGAGGUCAGCCAGUUCCAGAAGAGGUGUUGAUCUGGUCAGACUGCUGUGUCAGAGGCGGGCGCCAUGUUUAGUCCGAUCUAUUCCAGCAGCUGGUCUGGUGUUACACAACAGCAAGUUGUACUCUGAGAUACCGCGAUCGAGGAGGCAGUUUUGCGAGUACCGAAGGUAUUCUACAAAGCCUGCAAAAGUCUUGGUGGAAGAAAGUACUUCUGUGGACGAAAUUGAAGACAUUUUUAUUGAUAUAAAGACUCUGUUGAGGAGUAAUGAUGCAGCUACUGCAAAGAGACGUUCGUUGAAGCUAAAAUCGCUUGUUUUUGAUCUGAUACGACUAGUUCCAAACGAAGAGUUCGACCACUCCCAGCUGGUGAAUGUUACUGAGGCUUUGAACUAUUUGGCAGAUUCUAAGCAUGCGGCUCUUUUACCGGAGGAAAUGUUACAGAUCUUGACCUCCACUGUUGGGUCAAUCACACUAGAUGACAUUCAGAGUUGUUAUUUCUUCCCAUCCAUGUACAAAAGACUCAGAAACUCCAAUUUUUACUCUAAGGAUAUUACCAACAGGCUGCAAAUCUUUGAGAUAUUUGUCAAUUACAUCGCUCUAUCGAGCAAGAGAGAUCAUCUGCAGAGGUUGGUCCAGGAUUUUUGUCAGCAGAACCCCCAGGAAGAGGCGAAAGUUGCGCAGAUAGUGUUGGAGGCGUUUAGUGGAAAGAUAACUGCUGAUUCCGAUACUCUGAUGAUGCUUUUUGAACUCAAAAACCUGAAGGAUUUGGAAGUGCUAGACGAUGUCCUCGCCAUGACGUUGUCUGCCCUUGAGAAUGAGCGGUCUAAUACCUCUACCGAUAAGCUGGAAAUCAAAUUGGAGAAGCUGUGCACUUCAAUCUUUUCAAAAUCCAAGUUUCUAAGCAAUUCUGGCGCAUUAGAGCUCAUCAGCGUUCUCCACUUUGCUUCAUCUUACAACUGUGACGAUGCAGCCAUUUUGAUCCUGCAAAAACUUAACUCUCUCAUACCAACAAUUACUGGAAAAGUUCGCGAUGAGGACUUGAGCGCGUUGGUUGCAGCUGGCUUGAAAUACCCAGGCUUUGAACAGAUUGUGAAAUCAGUUAUAGAUGCCUUGGACCGGUCAUCAGCUACCCUCACUGAGCAGCUUGCAAUUCUCCGUUUCGACGUUUUUACCGGCAGUUCUGUUAUCGAAAUAGAGUCCAGGCUAGAGCCUUUGGUUGAUGAGUUUGGUCCUGAGACUGUCUUCAACAGCCUUUUGAGUGCAUGUCUACAUUCAUCAAAACCUGAAGAGUACAUCAAGGAGCUGACCGAAGUAUUCGAUCGUGAGUUCAAUCUUGAUAUGAACGCAGAGACAUUCUCCAUUCGAAUCAACAAUGCUCUCAGCCAUGGUGACCUUUCUGCUGCAUUGCGAGCGUUUGCUGAUUCUCAAGCCAAUAUGGUCCACUGGGCUCAAGACAGCAAUGGUAUAUACAUGGAGACCAUCUUUAGGCUUCUUUCGAGAUAUUCAGAGCACGCUUUGCAAGAUUCCAGCAUAUCUGUGAACGACGUUUUCCAAUUGAUGAUCAAGGUCAAGUCUUACGGUAAAAACCUAGGUGAGGCUGAAAUUGCGCCAUUGCUGAAACUCAUGCUCGAUAACGAAUAUGCAGGUGAUGCCUUAGAACUUUUGGAUAGGGAACUCCCUCCUAGAGUGGGAAAGCAAAGAUUGCAAGCAUCGGACUAUCCAGAAAUUUUCAAGUGUUUGCAUGAAUUUGUGCUGUCUUUCAAGGGUAAUCCAGAGGUCAACUGGGCUGUGUAUGGACAUAUCCACAAGAUUUUCUGGGUGCCCUUCGACUCGUAUCUUCCAACAAUGAAGGUGUUUUGUGAAAAGGGUAGGCCUAAUGCAGCUCACAUUAUUUUCAACAAGGUGAGGCUUUUGCACAAGGAGGAAGGAUUUCCUCCUCCUAACGAAGAGAUGUAUGAAUAUCUCUUCAAGGAGUUUGGAAGACAGCUUUACGAGGACGGUGUUUUCAGACUGCAUUUGGCCCUCAAAAUGGAUCUUAGUGUGAAUCUAGAUAUCAGUCUGCUCAAUUCAUUGUUGGAAGGAUAUACCCACCUGCAGGAUUUCCUUAAGGCCAGGGACGUGUUUGAGCUUGCGAGAUCGUUACCUAAGGAUAGAGGCAUUAACCAGGAGACGAUGUCUCUCAUGAUCAAGGCAAUGACAUAUGUGAACAUCCGCACUGUUAAACAGUUGUGGAACAACAUGUCUCAAUACGAGGUGCUACCCGAUAGUCGCAACUUCGAGCAAUACCUGAUUGCCCACUGUUACCAUGAGGAUUACGAACAGGCGCUCCAGUUGGUUGAAGAACAAUCUAAAGAGAAGGACAUUGAAAUAACAGCUUCUGUUCUAAAGACGCUACACGAUUGGACCAUUGAACCCAACAUGAGAGAAAAAGUCGUGAGUUGGAGUGAACAAAAUUAUCCUGCUCUAUGGUCCGGUCUCAAAGAGAGUGGACAACUCUCGAACUCCACCGAAUACCCUUCAUUGAUUGAUGGAAGACUUGAUUCCCAGAUCGUCCAAACAUGA